AUGCACACGUAAAAUUAAUUUUGCGUAGUUUUCGUCACAGACAUAUUAGGUUAUAAGCGGGACAUACAUUUUUCUCGACAGGAAUUAUUUCAGCUAUCGAGAUUAUUUGAUCUCAACAGACUUUGUUAGUCUAAAACAAGGUACAGUGAAGAGCGUACAAGAAUGGGUAAUACUAAUGCGGCGGCAGGUCAUAAUGCUUCAGGUAGGACUUUCCAGCAGCUCAAUCUAGAACAGCAAGAGCAAUAUAGUGGAGACUCAAGAGAGGGAUUAGUUAAGCAAUAUGGACAGCUUACAACUCAACUGCAUGAACUAAAACAAAUAUAUGACGAUAUUUAUUCUUCUGCCGUCCAGAGUGCUGCAACAGAAUAUUUAAGAAGCAAGAAUAACUUUUUUCUACGGCGAAAACAAAAGGUCAAAGCUAUCCUCAAAGGAAGUGUCGGGGAUGCAGUUAUGGACAAAUUCCUACAGCCGACCAAUGAAUGCUCUCGCAAUGGGAACAUGCGUGCGGGAGGAUUAUUAGCAGCCGCCAGACAAUUUGCAGAAGCUGCCGAUAAAGUGCGAGUCUUUUCAGAUAGACAAAGAGAAGUUGAGCACCUAACCACAGAGCAAUUAAAACGAGAAAUCAGACAAAAAGACAGAGAAAUAAAGCUUAUAAAGAGGAAAUUAGAAGAAUUGCACAAUGAAUUGAUGUCUCUCAAAGAAAGAUAUGAAGAAACUAAGCAGAUACCGAAGUUCAGGCGGUAUUCUGCAAGGAAAGAAAUUUUGAAAUCUUUCAUUAAACAAAACACUACCGCUUCUCCAGAAUCGCCGGUGCCAGUAUCUGGAGUUUGAAAAUUGGUGACACUCGCAUCAAUUACAGCAUAAAAUACUACAUGUUGUAUUCAAUAAAAAUAUUUUUCUGUGUCUCAUUUAAUAAUGACAAUGAUAAAGGGUUGUCGUAAACAUUA